UGUUACGACACCAUCAAAAUGUCAGCGUCAUUAGCCCCAGAGUGCAACGAUGUGAAGGAGCGCUACGAUAGCUGUUUCCUGAAAUGGUACAGCGAGAAGUUCCUCCGUGGUAACGCCACGACAGACGAAUGCGAACCGCUCUUCAAGCAGUACAAGCAAUGCAUCAGCAAAGCAUUGAAAGACCGCGGCAUCGACACCAUGCUCGAGGAGGCAAGAGAGAGUAAUCGGGAAAACGACGCCGAGCAUAUGAGGGGAAAUUAAUUGCAUUGAUCGAUUAUGGUGGCAAAAGAUAUCUGUAUUAGAUGGUGUAUCACAAGUAUCUUUCCCUUAUGUGUAUAAAUAAAAAUCCGGUUCAUGUC